AUGGGGAUGCUUAACCCCGCCAAGGUCCUUUCUCUUUGGACCAUUCUGGCACCAGGAGUAACACCUGCUGAGAAGUCGGUUUACUCCGAGGGCUUCGACUCUGCUGAGCUUUUCACAGAGAAGAAUCUCUGCCGCAAUUUGCUUGCUCCAAUCAACGGUGAAAUCAAUUGCUACGUCUCCGACUACGAUACAAUUUGCACUGCACAAUGUAACCGCGGAUUUGUUUUCUCCGAUGCUCUUGAGAUCGAGAAAACAUUUUCUUGUGCAAACGAUCUCGGAAUUUGGGAUCCCGCUAGCGAGGUGCCAAGAUGUAUUCGACUCACACAGUGUCUUCGAGCAAAGAUGGCUGCUGGUGCGGGUGCUCAGUCUCCACAGUGCGACGCACAGGGCGAUUACGAGUCCAAGCAGGUAGACGCUCAAACCGGCGAGAGCUGGUGCGUCGAUCCACAGGGCAAAGAAAUCGCUAACACGCGAAGCACUGAAAAUGUUGACUGCAGCCAGUUCGCCAAGAUCCCAUCAAGGCCAAUGGUUCCCAACCACAUGGAUCUCGACGGUGCAUGUGUCCACUGGGACGACGUUUGGUACAAGACCUUCGAUGGACAGAUCUACGGCUACGGAGCUGAUGGUCCACUUACGUUGCUCAAGAGCCGAGAUGGCCAAUUCACCAUCACCAUGCUCCCGCUUCAGAACUUUGGAUCAGACUCUCAUGCUAAGCGAUGGAUCGAGUUCCGAAAGGGCGACAAGGUCUUCACUCUCCGAUUCAACAACGGAAAGUUCGUCAUUUCUUCAGAAGGACAGCUUCUCAGCGUCGGUGAAGAACCUCUCCGACUCGAAGGUGGCUUCGUCGCCACUUUUGAUGGUGAAUGGGUUUCGAUCACAAACCCAGAGAACUACGGCAAGUCCGUUUUCAUGUACUGUCCACUUUCUGGCUCACACUUCAUCAAAACUACCAAGUCAUUUUCUGAUACUGAAGGUCUUUGCGGAUCCUUCGAUGGCGAUAUCGACAACGAUUACCUCGCUAAGAACGGAAAUAUCUGUUCUGAUUCUGUCGAGUUUGCUGAAACUUGGCAGAUGACUUGCCCAGUCCGACCAUACUGGAGAACUUUCAACACAGUCGGCGCUGAAAAGCGACAAGUUGAGUUCAUCAACAAUUUCGACGAAGCUAUCAAGCUCUACGUUGUUACUAUGGACGGCUCAUGGGAGAAGAUGGCCGACAUUGACCAGUUUGCUUCUUUCAAGGCAAAGAAGACCUACUCUUCCGUCGCCUGGAUCGCCACCACAAAGACAAACGAAAUGCUCAAGCUCAACAACUACUGCGUCUUCUACGCUCUUGAGACUGACGAGGUCCAGCACGUUUCCAUCACCGACGCCGAGCCAAAGGAAGGCUACGCUGUUCACUACGAGAAGAUGUGCAACGCCAUCGCUCCAGUCAACGGUCACGUUGAAUGCAAGGUUUUCGGUGGAUUGAAGAUGUGCGCUGUCAACUGCGACAACGGAUAUCAGCACGGCCAUACCAGUCUCUACAUCUGUAACCUUGAAACUGGAACUUGGGCUCCAGAACUUCCAUACAAUCAGCUCAUCUUCCCAGCCUGUCACGACGGUGCUCGACGAUGCACUGACAUGGAAGCUCCAAUUGGUGGCUCAAUCACAUGCUCAAUCAAUGACGAGGGACUCCAGAUCUGCGUUCCAAGCUGUCCAGAAGGAUUUGACAUCAAGCCAAGCCCACCAAUGUCUGGAUACUACACAUGUAACGACGGUCGAUGGGGCACAAGCAGCACUCCACCAGCUUGUGUUGCUCGAGCAAACGCUGUCGAUCCACGAGAAAUCGGACAGGUCUCUGGUGUCUUCACCAAGGGUAACGUUCCAGCAGAUCAGACAGGCUACUGCAUGACUUGGGGUCAGCAUCAUUACCGAACUUUCGAUGGAAAAAUCUACCGAUUCCGAGGCCAGUGUAGCUAUGUUCUUGCCCAAGAUAAGCUUACAGGCUCUUUCUCUAUUCACAUCAAGAACGACGGUGAAUGCGACGGCACAGGAAAGUGCACUCGAGCAUUGACCAUCUUCAUGAACGAUGCUUCUGUUGACAUCAGGCUUGACGAAGAUGGCCAGCCAGCUGUCUUCACUGCUUCCAACGAAGCUGUUCCUCUCCCAACAAUGAUUUACGAUCUUUCGAUCCAGCGAAUCAGCGACUACAUUGUCGUUCGAGAAGCAAUCAACGGCUGGUAUCUCAAGUGGGACGGUGCCGAGUCUGUCUUCCUCCGAAUGGACGAAGGUAUGAUGGGCCAGACAUCUGGUCUUUGCGGUGUCUUCGACCGAGACCAAACCAACGACUUUGAAACUCGAUCUGGCACUCUCGUGAAGACUGUUUCACUUUUCGCAAACAGCUGGAAGAUCGACCAAAGCUGCCUUGAUGCAACUGAAGAGGGCUAUUGCAACAUUAAUGACGAGGCUUCAGCACAGAAGGCCACCGAAGCUAUCAUGCUUUGCUCUUAUCUCCUUGAUACAGAAUGCAAGGAUACUGUCGACCCACGACCAUACUUUGAGUCAUGCAAAGAAGACGUUUGCUUUUCUUCCGGAAACAAUACUGAAGAGUGGAUCUGCAAUUCCAUGUCUGCUUACUUCAGAGAAUGCGCUCGACACGACGUUCAUGUCGACUGGCGAUGCCCUGCUCGAUGCGAGGUUCAAUGCCCAGUUGGUCAAAUCUUCAAGACUUGCGGAUCAAGCUGCCCACAAACUUGCUGGGCUCAACAGUACAACUGCGACGACGAUCACUGCAUCGACGGCUGCCACUGCCCAGCUGGAACUUAUCUCCAUGAUGGCGAGUGUCUUCAGCGAGGAGAAUGCCCAUGCAAGUUCGGCCAUGACGAGUACGCUCCAAGGUCCCGAAUCCAGCGAGAUUGCAACCAGUGCGUCUGCGUCAAUGGAGGAUGGAAAUGCACAACAAACGAGUGCGACGGUGUCUGCACUGCUAUGGGAAGCCACUACACAACCUUCGAUGGUGUCCAUUACGACUUUGAAGGCGAUUGCACCUACGUUCUUUCCCGUGGAUUCGGUGAUUUCACUUGGGAAGUUCUCAUCCAAAAUCAUGAUUGCUCUGGAUCAGUUUGCGGCCGAUCCGUCAUCCUUCGAGUUAACGGAGAAGAUGUCAAGCUCAUCGCUGGAGGUGCUCUUCAUGCUACCGACUCUGUCACUUCUCUUCCAUACCACGGAGAGUACUUCGUUAUUGAGAAGGUCACAACUAUGUUCCACAAGGUCACACUUGCUAAUGGUUUGACCAUCUUCUGGGACAAGACCGAUCGAAUCUACCUUCGAGCUCCAGCUUCAAUCAAGGGAUCUGUUUCAGGUCUUUGUGGUAACUUUAACGACGCUCAAUCUGACGAGUUCCGAACACCAGAAAACGACAUUGAAGCUAAUGCCGUUGAGUUUGCUCUCAAGUGGCAGGCAACAACAUGCGACAGCGCUCCUCAGCGAGUUCCCAUGAACGCCUGCGCUCAGUUCGCUAACCGACGAGGUCACGCUCAAAAGAUUUGUGCCUCAAUUUUGUCCGGACAAUUCGUCCAGUGUCACGAACUCAUUGAUUACGAAGCUUACUACUCUCUUUGCAUGCAGGAUUACUGCAAGACUGGUGAUGAGAAGAGUGCUUGUACAAUCCUUUCCGACUACAGCAGCGCUUGCGCAAAGAACGGAAUUAUUAUUGAUGGUUGGAGACAGAAUUGCACUGAGUGCAAUGUAGAAUGCCCACAUGGUAUGGUCUUUGCUGAGUGCGCCAAGAGCUGCGGACGAUCUUGUGGAUCUCUUAGCUACGCUGAUGAUUGCACAGAAGGCUGCGUCCAGGGUUGUACUUGCCCAGAAGGAUCCGUUAUGGAUUACGACGGUGAAUGCAUUCCAAUCGGAGAAUGCCCAUGCUACUAUGAACAGAAGAAGUUCCUCGCUGGUGAAUCUCGAAUGCAAGAUUGCAACAUCUGCGAGUGUCACAAGGGACAGUGGUUCUGCACUGACAACGAGUGCGAAAUCGAAGAGACUUGUGGCAUCAAUGCUGAGCUCAACUCUUGUGUUCCAAUCGAUCCACUUACAUGCUCUAACAUGCAUUUGAACCGAAUUCCAUUGAAGGUUGAGCAUUGCCGAACUGGCUGCGUUUGUAUGCACGGUUUUGUCUUGGACGAGACAACUGGAGACUGUGUCCGACCAGCUGAUUGUCCAUGCCAUCAUGGAGGAAAGUCAUACAAGGAAGGCGAAGAGAUGAAGAAGGACUGCAACCAUUGCCAGUGUGUCUCCGGAUCCUGGGAAUGCACAGAUCUUGUCUGCCCAGGCCAUUGCCGAGCGUAUGGAGACUCUCAUAUUACAACUUUCGAUAGCCGAAACUAUCAGUUCCAGGGUGCCUGUGAAUACACAUACGUCGAAACCAUCCCAAGCGCCCAUGCAAGCUUCCGAGUUACCGCUCGAAACGAGCAAUGUGGUAGCCAGGGAACUGUCUGCACAAAGUCUAUUACAAUUACUUUGAAUCAAGAAAACACUAUGGAGAGGUCAUCAUUGCGACUUGUCCGAGGAAAGCCAAUCACUCUCGAAAAGGGAUCCGGAUUUGACGUUCGAUACGCUGGUUUGUGGGUUUUCAUUACCACUGACGUUGGCUUGACCGUUCAGUGGGACAAGGGUACCCAGAUGAUCAUCAAGCUUGACCCAAUGUACAAGGGUAAGGUCCAAGGUCUCUGUGGCGACUACGAUGAUCGAGUAAUUGAUGAUCUUGUAUCUCGAGGUGGCAUUGCAACUGCUAAUGUUCUUUCCUUCGGUGAUUCCUGGAGAGUCGAUUCAACAUGCCCAGACUCCAAGCAUGUGAAUGACAUUUGUGAGACAAAUCCUCAUCGAAAGAUCUGGGCUGUCAAAAAAUGCUCAAUCAUCAAUUCUGAGACAUUCGCUGCUUGUCAUGCCCACGUUGAUCCAUCAUACUAUUAUGAUAACUGCGUAUUCGAUUCAUGUGCAUGUGAUUCUGGCGGAGAUUGCGAAUGCUUGUGUACUGCCAUCGGUGCUUACGCUCAAGAAUGUAACCGACACGGUGUUCAUAUCUACUGGAGAAACCAACAGCUUUGUCCAGUCCAGUGUGACGGUUGUCGAUCAUAUGAUCCAUGUGUCAGCGCUUGUCCAAAAUCCUGCGACAACUAUCAUAACUGGGCACAGAUUGAGACAACUUGCCCAGAUACAUGCGUUGAAGGUUGCACUUGCGACGACGAGCAUGUCAUGUCUGAUGACGGCAAACACUGCCUCCCAGUUGAUGAAUGCAUUUGUAUGGAAAUUAACGGUGUUGUCUACGGUCACGGUGAAAAGAUCGAUGAGAUGUCUGACGAUUGUCGAUCUUGCUUCUGCAUGGAGGGCCACGCUCAGUGUCUUGGUCUUCCUUGUGGCAGCUCAUGGACUGCACCAACGGUCACAACGAUCUGUCCACCCGAUGUUAAGUACGAGGGUAUGGAGACAAAGCCAUUCACUACAAAAACAGUCGAUGAAUGCCCAGAGGGCAAGAAACAAGAAUGCUCAUUCACAUGCAACAUGGUUUGCCAUGCUUGGCGAUCAGUCUUGGUACAGUGUGUUCAUGACACAGAUACUUGCGUUGAUAUUUGUGAAGAUGAAAAGCCUAUGCAAUGUGCUUCUGGAUAUGUUUUGAAUGACUUGAAUACCUGCGUCAAAAUGCAAGACUGUCCAUGCAUGCUUCCUUGUGGACAGACUCUUGCGCCAGGAUCCCUUUACGAUGACGAAGAUGAGUGCAAGCGAUACUUUUGCUGGCAAAACGAUCUUAAGAUUCAGGAUAUUCCUGGAUGCUCCGCAAAGACAACCACAACAACAACCUCGACUACGACAACUUCUACAACAACAACAACAACAACGACCACUCACCCAACAACAACAAAGCCCACAAUGAAAACAACUUCCUGGUCAUGCCCACCAGUCUCUGAGCCAUGUAUCGAUAAGGAUGGCGAAGAACGACAAUUCGGUGAAUACUGGAACACAGCAAACUGUCAUUACUGCAUGUGUUAUCAAGAUGGAUCUGUUCGAUGCCGUCAGCUUGAAUGCGACUCGCUUGGCGAAUGCGAACCAGAACAAAUAAGAGAGGUAAAAAUGUCGAAGGAUGGUUGCUGUGAAGUAGCAGAAUGCCGAGCAGAAUCAUGCAAGGGAGAAGAAUGUGAUUUUGAGGUUCCAUGCUGCGAAUACUACGAAGAUAUCAUCACAGUCCAAGCAUCUGAGUGCUGUUGUCGAUUUGAAUGUGCUUGCAAUGAAUCAAAAUGUGAGAUUUUCAAUGAUUGCUAUUGCGAAAGUGGAUACACUCUUGAACUCAAGAAGCCGGCUGGUGAGUGUUGCCCUGUUCCAAGAUGCGUACCUGAUUAUAAAUCAACAACAACGACAACAACAACAACAACAUCGACAACAACAACGAAGACACCUGAUGAGACAACAACUACUACUACUCAUACUGAUUCAACUCAUCCAACAAGGACACCAUACAUCCAUAUUGAUCCAGAGACAACCACGAAGAUGGAUAAGACUAUGACACCACAGACCACUUACACUCAUGUCACCCCAUCUUGUCCACCACUCUGCUAUGCCAAGGACGGCAAGGAGUACCAGUAUGGUGAACAGUGGACUGUCUCUAAGUGCGAGACUUGCUGCUGCCGAGCCGACGGCACAAUCUCCUGCACAAAGAGCUCAUGCCUCGACGUCUUCGUUACUUGCGAUGAGACAUGUGAGACUAAGGUCACAACUGACUUGGGUUGUUGCGUCCAGGAGAAGUGUAUCCCUGAUGACUGUGCCGAUGUUGUCCAGCCACAACCACCAACCUGCGGUGCAUGCCAGGAGUGCGUUGCCGUUCAGACUAAGGACAAGUGCGUCCCAUACACAUACACUUGUGUCUGCAAGGAGUGCCCAGAUAUGGGCAAGCUUACUUGCAAGGCUCCAUACGUUGCCGUUGAAUACUGGAUGGAUGAAUGUUGCAAGGCUACUCGAUGUUGCCACGGCACCACUGAGCCAACAUGCCCAACUUCAACUCCACCAACAGCCACACCACCAACUAUUGGCACAAGGACUACUCAUCCAUCUAUGCCAACAGUGACACCACAUACAUCCUUCCCAACACCAACUCCACAUAUUGAAGAUCCACAUACUUACACUCAUCCAACUCACACUACUCACUCUAUGGGUACCAAGCCAACAGAGCCAACAGUGACACCUAUGACUAAGCCAACAGCAACUCCAGCUACUCAUACAACUACCGUUUGCACCACCACAACAAAGAUGAUGUGCAUCGAUACUGAGGGUAAUCCACGAGCAUAUGGUGCCAUCUGGAGCGAAGGCGAUUGCAAGCGAUGCUGCUGUACCGCUGAGGGCAAGCCUCAGUGUGUCGAAGAGAAGUGCGAGACACGAGAGUGCCCAGCAGGUACUGUUGAGACUGGCAAGUACGCUCUCACCAAGUGCUGCGACGCCCCAACAUGCUGUCCAGACACAGACAGCUGCAAGGAUGUUAAGUGUCCAGCAGUUGUUGUUCCACAAUGCGAGGUCUACGAGGUCUGCAAGACAAGGACAUCCAAGGACAACGAAUGUUGCGAAGAGUUCUAUUGCGAGUGCGACAAGAGCCGAUGCUUCGAGCUCGAUGAUUGUGACUGCCCAGAAGGAUACGAGCUUGUUGAUACCAUCAAGGGAGCUUGCUGCAACACACCAAAGUGUGUCAGGAUCCAGUGCACAACAACCGUUGCUACUCACACUCCACCAACUCAGACAACUGAAACCGUUACACCAACUCAUACAACUACCACCACUAUCUCCUGCACUCCAGGUAGCCCAACUUGUCCACCACCACCACCACUCUGUAUCGAUGAUGAGGGUUGUGAACGACAUUACGGCGAAAGCUGGAGCACAAUUGAGGAACCAUGCAAGGUCUACACAUGCUACUCUGUCAACGACAUCCGAGUGACAGACCGAAAGUGUCAGCAGACCGUUGCACCAAAGUGCGCCGAUAACGAGUGCGAGUUUGUCCACAAGAUCGAUCAGUGCUGCUCUGUGACCACUUGUGUUCCAACCAGCUGCAAGGACGUUGAGUGCGACGAGACCGUUCCAUCAUGUAAUGUUUGUGAGGAUCUUGUCAUCACCCCAACUGCCGAUGAAUGUUGCUGCAAGUACUCUUGCAAGUGUAACCGAGACAACUGUGUUCCAGUUGGUGAUUGCCCAUGCCCAGCCGGUUUCUCUGCUACACGAUUCACUCCACUCGGAGAGUGCUGCGAGACCGUCAAGUGCAUUCCAAUCACAACUACAACAACUGAGUGCCCAACAGAAACAACUGAUGCGACAACAACUACUACUACUCAUACUGAUUCAACUCAUCCAACAAGGACACCAUACAUCCAUAUUGAUCCAGAGACAACAACUAAGAUGGAUAAGACUAUGACACCACAGACCACUUACACUCAUGUCACACCAUCUUGUCCACCACUCUGCUAUGCCAAGGACGGCAAGGAGUACCAGUAUGGUGAACAGUGGACUGUCUCUAAGUGCGAGACUUGCUGCUGCCGAGCCGACGGCACAAUCUCCUGCACAAAGAGCUCAUGCCUCGACGUCUACGUCACUUGCAAUGAGAAGACUCACAAGAAGGAGACUACUGAUUUGGGCUGUUGCAUCCAGGAGAAGUGUAUCCCAAUUGAGUGUGCUGAUGUUGUCCAGCCACAGCCACCAACCUGCGGUGCAUGCCAGGAGUGCGUUGCCACUGAGACUAAGAACAAGUGCGUCCCAUACACAUACACUUGUGUCUGCAAGGAGUGCCCAGAUAUGGGCAAGCUUACCUGCAAGGCUCCAUACGUUGCCGUUGAAUACUGGAUGGAUGAAUGUUGCAAGGCUACUCGAUGUUGCCAUGGCACCACUGAGCCAACAUGCCCAACUUCAACUCCACCAACAGCCACACCACCAACUAUUGGCACAAGGACUACUCAUCCAUCUAUGCCAACAGUGACUCCACAUACAUCCUUCCCAACACCAACUCCACAUAUUGAAGACCCACAUACUUACACUCAUCCAACUCACACAACUCACUCUAUGGGCACCAAGCCAACAGAGCCAACAGUGACACCUAUGACUAAGCCAACAGCAACUCCAGCUACUCAUACAACUACCGUCUGCACAACCACAACAAAGAACAUCUGCAUCGAUACUCAGGGUAAUCCACGAGCAUACGGUGAGAUCUGGAACGAAGGUCCAUGCAAGCGAUGCUGCUGUACCGCUGAGGGUGUUGAUCCUCAGUGUGUUGAGGAGAAGUGCGAGACACGAGAGUGCCCAGCAGGUACUGUUGAGACUGGCAAGUACGCACUCACCAAGUGCUGCGACGCUCCAACAUGCUGCCCAGACACAACCGACUGCAAGGAUGUCAAGUGCCCAGCCGUUGUUGUUCCACAAUGCGAGGCCUACGAAGUCUGCAAGACAAGGACAUCCAAGGACAACGAAUGUUGCGAAGAGUUCUAUUGCGAGUGCGACAAGAGCCGAUGCUUCGAGCUCGGUGAUUGUGACUGCCCAGAAGGAUACGAGCUUGUUGAUACCAUCAAGGGAGCUUGCUGCGACACACCAAAGUGUGUCAGGAUCCAGUGCACUACCACCAUUGCUACUCACACUCCACCAACUCAGACAACUGAAACCGUUACACCAACUCAUACAACUACCACCACUAUCUCCUGCACUCCAGGUAGCCCAACUUGUCCACCACCACCACCGCUCUGUAUCGAUGAUGAGGGCUGUGAGCGACAUUACGGUGAAAGCUGGAGUACAGAUGAUGAGCCAUGCAAGGUCUACACAUGUUACUCUGUCAACGACAUCCGAGUGACAGACCGAAAGUGUCAGCAGACAGUGGCUCCAAAAUGCGCCGACAACGAGUGCGAGUUUGUCCACAAGAUCGAUCAGUGCUGCUCUGUGACCACUUGUGUUCCAACCAGCUGCAAGGAUGUUGAGUGCGACGAGACCGUUCCAUCAUGCAAUGUUUGUGAGGAUCUUGUCAUCACCCCAACUGCUGAUGGAUGCUGCUGCAAGUACUCUUGCAAGUGUAACCGAGACAACUGUGUUCCAGUUGGUGAUUGCCCAUGCCCAGCCGGUUUCUCUGCUACACGAUUCACUCCACUCGGAGAGUGCUGCGAGACCGUCAAGUGCAUUCCAAUCACAACUACAACAACUGAGUGCCCAACAGAAACAACUGAUGAGACAACAACUACUACUACUCAUACUGAUUCAACUCAUCCCACAAGGACACCAUACAUCCAUAUUGAUCCAGAGACAACCACGAAGAUGGAUAAGACUAUGACACCACAGACCACUUACACUCAUGUCACCCCAUCUUGUCCACCACUCUGCUAUGCCAAGGACGGCAAGGAGUACCAGUAUGGUGAACAGUGGACUGUCUCUAAGUGCGAGACUUGCUGCUGCCGAGCCGACGGCACAAUCUCCUGCACAAAGAGCUCAUGCCUCGACGUCUUCGUUACUUGCGAUGAGACAUGUGAGACUAAGGUCACAACUGACUUGGGUUGUUGCGUCCAGGAGAAGUGUAUCCCUGAUGACUGUGCCGAUGUUGUCCAGCCACAACCACCAACCUGCGGUGCAUGCCAGGAGUGCGUUGCCGUUCAGACUAAGGACAAGUGCGUCCCAUACACAUACACUUGUGUCUGCAAGGAGUGCCCAGAUAUGGGCAAGCUUACUUGCAAGGCUCCAUACGUUGCCGUUGAAUACUGGAUGGAUGAAUGUUGCAAGGCUACUCGAUGUUGCCACGGCACCACUGAGCCAACAUGCCCAACUUCAACUCCACCAACAGCCACACCACCAACUAUUGGCACAAGGACUACUCAUCCAUCUAUGCCAACAGUGACACCACAUACAUCCUUCCCAACACCAACUCCACAUAUUGAAGAUCCACAUACUUACACUCAUCCAACUCACACUACUCACUCUAUGGGUACCAAGCCAACAGAGCCAACAGUGACACCUAUGACUAAGCCAACAGCAACUCCAGCUACUCAUACAACUACCGUUUGCACCACCACAACAAAGAUGAUGUGCAUCGAUACUGAGGGUAAUCCACGAGCAUAUGGUGCCAUCUGGAGCGAAGGCGAUUGCAAGCGAUGCUGCUGUACCGCUGAGGGCAAGCCUCAGUGUGUCGAAGAGAAGUGCGAGACACGAGAGUGCCCAGCAGGUACUGUUGAGACUGGCAAGUACGCUCUCACCAAGUGCUGCGACGCCCCAACAUGCUGUCCAGACACAGACAGCUGCAAGGAUGUUAAGUGUCCAGCAGUUGUUGUUCCACAAUGCGAGGUCUACGAGGUCUGCAAGACAAGGACAUCCAAGGACAACGAAUGUUGCGAAGAGUUCUAUUGCGAGUGCGACAAGAGCCGAUGCUUCGAGCUCGGUGAUUGUGACUGCCCAGAAGGAUACGAGCUUGUUGAUACCAUCAAGGGAGCUUGCUGCGACACACCAAAGUGUGUCAGGAUCCAGUGCACUACCACCAUUGCUACUCACACUCCACCAACUCAGACAACUGAAACCGUUACACCAACUCAUACAACUACCACCACUAUCUCCUGCACUCCAGGUAGCCCAACUUGUCCACCACCACCACCACUCUGUAUCGAUGAUGAGGGUUGUGAACGACAUUACGGCGAAAGCUGGAGCACAAUUGAGGAACCAUGCAAGGUCUACACAUGCUACUCUGUCAACGACAUCCGAGUGACAGACCGAAAGUGUCAGCAGACAGUGGCUCCAAAAUGCGCCGACAACGAGUGCGAGUUUGUCCACAAGAUCGAUCAGUGCUGCUCUGUGACCACUUGUGUUCCAACCAGCUGCAAGGAUGUUGAGUGCGACGAGACCGUUCCAUCAUGCAAUGUUUGUGAGGAUCUUGUCAUCACCCCAACUGCUGAUGGAUGCUGCUGCAAGUACUCUUGCAAGUGUAACCGAGACAACUGUGUUCCAGUUGGUGAUUGCCCAUGCCCAGCCGGUUUCUCUGCUACACGAUUCACUCCACUCGGAGAGUGCUGCGAGACCGUCAAGUGCAUUCCAAUCACAACUACAACAACUGAGUGCCCAACAGAAACAACUGAUGAGACAACUACAACUACUCCUUCAACUGGAGAUCCAACUCAUCCAACCUCAACUUACUCUACUCAUCCAACAUUCACACACCCAUCGCAUUCCGAAACAUAUCCGACACCUGAUCCAAAGAUCCUUACUUCAACAGCUCAUACUGAUAUGCCAACUAAGCCAACGAUGCCAACUCAUCCAACUGAGACGACCUCCAAUUUCAUUACUGAGUUUUCAUUUGUUACUCAAAGUGUCUGUAUUGACGGUGAUGGAAACGAGCGUUCUUUCGGUGAAGUUUGGUAUUUGGAUGAUUGUACUACUUGCUGUUGCUCAUCUGAAGGUGAUGCUAUCUGCCAGUCUAUUCUCUGUCCAGAUCGCGAGUGCGAGACCGGUUUUGUCGAAAUCGGCCGCUACAAUGUCGAUCGCUGCUGUGAUGCGCCAUGUUGUUCAAGAUGUACUGAAGAAACGGCGGGCGAUUGUCCACAAGUUGCUGAGAAGACAUGUUCAUGCGUUGAGGAUCAAAUUCAGAAAUUCAACUCCGAAGAUUGUUGCUUUACUUAUGAAUGCGUCUGCAAUAAGGAUAAGUGCUUCAGGUUCGACCGAGAAUGUCCAAAGGGAUACAUCCGUCAAUUCGAUUACAUGGUUGACGAUUGUUGCCCAGUGUACAAGUGUGUUAAGUCGACAACAACAACGACAACAACAACCACCACAACCACGUCAACAACAACAACAUCGAAGACAAUGACACCAAAGACGAUGACUACACCUACUGAGUCAACCUGGACUCCAAUGACAAAGACAACAACGACGACACCAGAUCACACCCGAACACCAAAGAUUCACAUUGAUCUUUGUCCUGGUGUUACUGAUGAUUCUAAUUGUCCAAAGUCUUGCCCAGAAGGUCUCGUGUGCAGUGGAUCUGAGUGUAUUCAUCCAUCAAAAUGCGCUUGUACUUACAAUGGAUUCAUUUACGCUUCCGGUCAGGUUUGGACAAGUGACGAUGGCUGUAAGACAUGUUUCUGUACAAUGGGUGAGGUCAAGUGCGAUACAACUCCAUGCGAUAUUGAAUCAUGCCCUGUUGGUUUUGCUCUUCGAAAGGUUGAGGGAAGCUGUUGCCCAACAUGUGAGCCAUGCAUUAACAACUGUGUCGACGAGAAUGACGGAUACACUUACUUUGUCGGUGAGCAGUGGACGAAUUGUGAUUCUCCAUGCGAUACAUGCACAUGUAACGAAGAUCUCUCCAUCACCUGUACUCGACAGCAAUGCUCACAAGUAAUCCCAACUUGCAAGGCAAAUGAAAAGGUUGUCGAGAUCACUGGCGUGUGUUGCCCAUCUUACAAGUGCAUUUGUGACGAGUCAUCUUGCGAUGAAGAGAAGCCAGUUUGUGAGUCAUACGAAAAGGUCGUUGAACUUGUUAGCAAGACUAGCUGCUGCUCUGAAUUCGAGUGCCAGUGCGACUACGAAAAAUGUGUCAUCCCAACUUGUGCUGCCGAUGAGAUGCUUGUUAACUCUGGCAAGCUUAAUCGAUGCUGCGAUAACUACGUUUGCAAGAAGAAGGGAUGUGAUUACAAUGGCCAAACUUACAUGUAUGGACACGUCUCCUGCGAAGAUGUUACCUGUGCCGUUGUCAAGCCAACUUGCGCUAACGGUCACGAGCCAAUCGAGGUUCAGGGUGAAUGCUGUGUCACUUACGUUUGCGGUUGUACUUGCUCUGGUUUCGCUGGAGUUGGUUUUACUUCAUUCGACUCAACAUCUUUCACAUCUACGAUCACUUGCACUGAAGUGACUGUUGCUCAGUCUAACGAUGGUCGAUUCUCCAUUUCUGUCUACAAGAACGAGAACUCACAAGUUGACUACAUCAAGAUCUUCUCUGUCGACAGUGGAGUAUUGAAGAUUUCAAGGUCUGAAGCUAUCCAACACAUUCUUGGCCUCCAGAGUAACACUGUUGCUGUGGCGACAGGCAGUGAAGUUAAUGCUGAUGGAUUCACAAUCACUCGAUCUUUCAAUGAGAUCCGAGCGUGCAUUGGCGAUGCUCAGCUUGCUUACACACCUUGUACUGGUGCUUGGUCUGUCACUGUUUCUGCAUCAUAUGCUGGCCGAAUGGAAGGUAUCUGCGGUCAGUGCGACGGAAUCAGCGAGAAUGAUUUCGCAACUGCUCAGUUCUCAACAGUCGAAUCUGCCGUUGACUAUUGGACAGUUUCAAGGAACGAAGAAUGCGAUGACAUCGAAGAGUGCGAGGAUACUCAGUCAUGCGACACAACCUUCAGCGAAGUCUUCGAUAUUUGCUCACACGUCAACUCUGAGAUCUAUCAGACAGUCUGUAACACAGUCAAUUGCGAGACCGGUCAUAUCACCACAACUGUGGAAGAUCGAGUUGUCAACACUACUGUUGACUACACUUGCGAGAGUUACGCCGCUUACAUUCGAGAAUGUCAGCAGACAACAGAGUGUUUCGAGUGGCGAUCUGCUGAGUUCUGCCCAGGACAUUGCCCAGCCGGCAUGGAAUACCGAACUUGUGGUCCUGAUGUCAUUCGAACAUGUGAGAACUACCUCACAUACGAGUCAUUGAAGAUCAACUACAACUCUGAAGGUUGCUAUUGUCCAGAAGGUCUCAUCCUCAAGGAUGGCGCUUGUGUUACAUGUGAUAAGUGUAAAGCAUGCGUCGAUGAGGACGACAUCGGCCGACAUAUUGGUGAGAUCUGGACCGACUGCACCAAUCCAUGUAUCCAGCAUACAUGCGUUGCUAUUGGACACAUUGCUUCAUCUCUUAUCAACCAAUGCCCAGCUCCAAUCACCUGCCCAGCUGGUUGCACGAAGACACUCGUAUCUGAGGAUACUUGCUGCGAGUACUAUGAGUGCUACUGCGAGGAGAAGGAAUGCGACAAGGCACCAGUUUGCGAUUGCGGAGAAGCACUUGUUGUUACUGGCGAAGACAAAUCUGGCUGUCCAGAAUAUAACUGCGAAUGUGACGAGAAACUCUGCCCAGCUGUGAACGAUCCAGUCUGCGGACUCGGCGAGCGUGAAGAGAUCAAGGUUAACGGAUGUUGCGAAUCAAAGAUCUGUGUCUGUGAUCCAUCAACAUGCCCAGCAAUCACAGUGAAGUGUGGCCCACAAGAGAAGCUCGUCGCUCUCAACAGUGACGUCUGCUGCCCAGAAUAUGCUUGCAUCUGCGACCUUACAACUUGCUCAACCACAGUUCCAUGCUGCGACGAGCACGAAGUAUUGAAGAUAAUUCCAGACGGCGACUGCUGCACAAAGUACGUUUGCGACUGCGACGAAUCUCGAUGUCCAUCUGCUCCAGUUUGUAAUGAAGGAUUCAAGCUCGAAACAACCAAGACUGGUUGCUGCGCUACAUACAAGUGUGUUUGCGAUGAGAGCAAGUGCCAGGAGUCAGUCACUCCAACUUGUUCAAGCGACCAGAAGCUUCGAUUGGUCUCAAGCUUCAUUAUCAACGCAUGCUGUCCAGCGGUUAACACUUACGAGUGUGUCUGUGACGAGACUAAGUGUGCCAAGAUCGAUCUUGCUUGCGAGUCAUACGAGAUGAUCGUCAACCAUCCAGCUGCUGAGAACGAAUGCUGCUCAUCAGCCGAGUGUGUUUGCGAUUACAGCAAGUGCCCUAUGGCCAACAAGAUGAUGACCUGCGAAGCUGGAAAGUCUCUCAAGAACAUUGAGCUCAACCCUUGCUGCUCCACUGUCCAGUGCGUCUGCGAUGAGUGCAUCAUUCCAGAUGAGUGCCCUAAGGGAACAAUUGCUAGCGACUCUACAAAUGUCUGCGGUUGCAUCCAGCGAACAUGCAUUGCUGAGCCAAUCUGCUGCAUCGGCGACAAGACAUACGAAUGCGGUGAAACUUGGAGCAAGGAUCUUUGCACAACUUGCACAUGCAUGGAAGUUUCCGAGGGAACAUACAGCGCUGUUUGUCACGAGACAAAGUGCUCGACUUGCUCCGAAGGCUACAUCAUGAUGCCAGUUGAAGGACAGUGCUGCGGCGAGUGCGUCCAGGAGAGCUGUAAAUACAACAACAAGAUGUACACUGUUGGCCAGACAUGGUCUCCAUCAAACGACCAGUGCUCAACUUGCUGCUGCGUCCGAGAUCAGCUGACUGGUCAGGUCUACACCGAGUGCUCUUCCGUUCAGUGCCCAGAGUUCGACGAGACAUGUCCACCUGAGUUCAUCAAGACCUCAGAAGAUGGCUGCUGCGUCACUUGCGAGCGAGAAACAACUUCUGGAUGCGGCGUCAAGGUUGAUUACACCGACUACGUCGAAGCUGAUGGAUGCAUCUCCAAGGAGGUCGUCGAGAUGACUCUUUGCUCUGGUGAAUGUACUUCAACUUCCAUCUGGUCAGAAGCCAUGAACAAAUACCAUAAGCAAUGCUCUUGCUGCACUUGCACCGAGACCGAUACAAAGCUCGUCGAUAUGAUUUGCCCAGACGGCUCAUCAUUCACAUACGAGCUUACAGUCGCCAAGGAAUGCAGCUAGGCUGACUCAGACUGCCGAGCCCAGCUAGAAGAAAAAAACGAUGAAAGAGUGCGGGUUAUUUUACACAGUGGCGCGGAAGUCAAGAACUUUAUUUAUUCAAUCGAGGAAAAUUCGAAACAAAUUAACGCCCUUGACACCAAUUUUCAUGCCAGGAGACCUUUUGCUUUGAAACACGAUGGCUCGAUCGACAAACAAGUUUCCUUCUCCCCGCCGAUCGGGUUUUCCGGCGACGUUUCUAGUUAUGUUACUUUCUCGACAUUCGCUUUGCUCAACGGCCAAGUUCACGUUUUCGGAGGCAACAGUGAUGCCCACAAAAUUUCACGGAUGGAGGGAUGCAGCUUCAAGGAAUUGUCGGUGCGACUUUUGGGAGAUUAUGAAUUCGCACACGCGAGUGUUUCUGUUGAACAAGGAAGCAAAGUUUUGGUCUGUUUCGACAGAGAAACAAAGAAACGCUGCGAAUUAUUCGACGGAUUGGAAACGAAGCCUCUGAACGCAACCAAGGUCGUUCACGCGGACGGAGGACUGGCUCUAUACAAUGGUAAAGCAAUCGCUAUCGCGGGAUUGCGGUCUAACGGAGCUGUCGAGAUUCUUUCUGAAAACGGGUGGACAAAUUCACUUCCCGUUCAUCCGCGAGGAAAUAUUAUUCGAUUUUCUACAAUCGGCUUCCCUUCAGGAAAGCUCUUGACGAUCGGCGGGAACGACCAUUGGGCCGCCAAUUUGGACAGAAUCUACCAACUUUUGAACGACGAAUGGUCGAUCGCUGGUUUUCUCUCUGAGCCUAUGUUUGCUUCAUCGGCGAUUUUGGUGGAGAACAAUAUUUUUCUGUUUCCCAGCAAUUUUGAACAAAGUUACAGCGACAUUCCAGACUCUUUGGGCUUCGUCCACCAAAUCAAUUUAGAAAAUGGUUUCUUCGUUUUUAAUUAA